AAAUUAUUUUUGUACAACAAACCAGGAAUGAGACUUUUGACACAUUUAUUUAAUUUAUGCUGUUGGAUUUGAUGAAUUAAUAUUUCUUUUUUAGGUUCACAGUUCAUCAAAACACCGCUCCCGGUUAUGGUUUACAUUCAUGGAGGUGGAUUCUUUGCUGGUGGUGCAAGUCCUUCUAUAAUAGGACCAGAAUACUUUAUGGACACCCGUCGGGUUAUUUUGGUAACAUUCCAGUACAGACUAGGCGUGUUUGGGUUUCUUUCUACGGGUGAUGAGGUCGCUCCGGGAAAUUUUGGACUCAAAGAUCAGGUCAUGGCCCUGCGGUGGGUAAAACAUAAUAUUGCAUAUUUUGGAGGAAAUCCCGACUUGGUGACAAUAUUUGGCCAGAGUGCCGGAGGAGCAUCGGUCCACAUGCACAUGAUUAGCCCUAUGAGUGACGGACUUUUCUCCAGAGCUAUCGUGAUGAGUGGCAAUGCAAUUGCGCCAUGGAACAUUCCGACCGAGGAUCCUUUGAGUUUGGCCCAGAGGCAAGCAGAAGCAGUGGGUAUCACGCAAGUGGAUACGCUUUCCUCAAAGCAGUUGGUCGAUGCUUUGAGAAAUGUUGAUGCAAAUGUGCUUUCGGGAAGUAUCGAUAAAUUAAAAUUUUGGUCAAUCGAUCCACUAACCUUGUAUAGACCGGUUGUGGAACCACUUUGUUCAUCAAAUGAAUCUUUUUUAAUCGAAGAUCCUCGUAUUUCUUGGAGGAAAGGCAGCUAUCAGAAAAUUCCUUGGAUGACCGGAUACCUUCCAAAUGACGGCGCAGUUCGAGCUAUUGCAAUCACGUCUAAUGAAAAACUUCUGAAUGAGUUAAAUGCUAACAUUAGCUACAUACUGCCCAUGCUCCUGGAGAAACCAUCCUCGCAGGAAUUGAUGAAAGUAUUAAAGCUUCGAUACUUCAAUGAUAGCACUGACGAGAAGUGGAUAACAACAGAAAACGAGCAGCGAUUGGUCGAUCUAUACACCGAAGCGGCGUUUCUGUAUCCGAUUCAAUCGGCCGUAAAACAGCAUGUGACUUCCGCUGACACCAAGCUGGCACCGGUUAGCAUCUACAAGUUCAGCUUCAAAGGUCCUUAUUCGUACUCGUUCCUGUACACUUUUACCCACCAAGACUUUGGCGUAGUGCAUUGCGACGAGCUAAUCUACCUCUUCCGAUCCCCAGCGCUUUUCCCCGACUUUCCGCACAAGUCCAAAGAGGCGCGAAUGUCGCACCACUUUGUAGAGUUUUUCAUCGAUUUCGCCAUCAAUGGAGUGGCUACUCCAUUGAAACCAUACCGAGGCUGCAACAAUGACAAUGAGGUCUACCAAUCAAUGGAUUGUGAUGUACUAGAGUUCAUAAAUUCUAGCGAACCUGGCAAGCCUUUCGAAGUACGUGUAUCAAAUGGUCGGAAUGAGGAUCUAUUCAGCUUUUGGAGAAAAUUUUACUAAAUUAACUCAUGGUUAGAAGAAAUAUAAUGUGAUACUUGUAUAGUGCUAAUUCAGAACGCAUUCCUGACAAAACGUGCCAAUAUAUUCGGAGCGAUUGGUUUACUGCCAAAAAGAUUAUUAGUGUUUCAAAUUUGCAAACAAAUGUGUAUCAAAUAUAAAAAUAAAUCAGGUUGUUUUUUGUUUUAUAUUUU